CCAAGAGGUCCUGUCUGUCCUGAUGCUGGGUGCUUUGGCUGCGUCGGGAGUUGUCGCUCUCUUGCUCCUAGUUGUCUUUGUCUCCCUCUGCUAUCGACGCAAGCGCUGCGGAAAAGCCAAGCGGGGGACACAGCUGUCCAAGGCAGAUAUCCUCGUGCAGAUCACCACGAGCGAGAGCAGCCCCAGCAGGCCCAGCGAGGUGGAAGAUGACGGCAAAGAACCCAUGGCUACAAGCAGCGAGUCUCCAGCCACGUCCCACACUGAGCACAGUGAAAUCCUGGAGGAUGACGAAGGGAGUCAGGAGUUGAAGGACCCCACCAAUGGCUACUACAAGGUGCGUGCCCAUGAGGAACCAUGCUUGGGGAGCAGCUUUUCGGAAUAUACGCCAGCCCCCCGACCUUUGUUCGGGCCGACUUCCUUGUACCCGUCCACGGGGCCGGUGCAACCCAAACUCUUUGAGUACACCCACCGCUACACCUUGGGCACACCCAGUUCCCGCUCCGCGUACGACACCACCCACGAGCGGCUGUUCCCUCCAGAAAACAUGUACAGUGGAGCAGCCUACCUCACUGCCCCCUAUAGCCGGGCUUUUACCAGCUACGUCAAACCGAGCAGCUACGAGAAGGCCGAGAGCAGCUACGAGCAGUCCGACCAAGCCAGCAAGGCUUCGGGCUGCUCCCGUUUCUCCUACACGUCCUUGUCUCAGCAGUCUGACUAUGGGCGCCCUGCUCAACAGCGCAUGCAGACCCAUGUAUGACGGGACCGCCCCCCUUCCAAACUCCUUUCGUCUUCAGUGGGAAAGAAACGGGAGUGGACCCUCGCUUUGGGGAACUGGCUCCAAAUGGUCAGGGGACAGUCCUGACGUCCUCGAUCUCUUCCUGAGGACCCCGGCAGCCUCGUCCUCUGGGGAGCGCCACAGGGGGCUGGCCAAGGGGCCCGCUCUGGCAACCAAGAUGGCCCGCAUCCUGCUUGCCUUCUUUGGACUGGAACCGCCUCUCCUGGAGCUGUGGAGCACUUGAGAGACUGUCUUUCUUCAUGUCAGGACAUGAAAGCGGACCCAGGAUGGCAAGACGUUCUCCCCUUGGUCUGGACCUGACAUUACGGGGUGACUCAGUCUGUAAGACUCCAGAUUUCACAUGGUGGCCAAGCUUUCAUGGGAGAUCAGCCAUAAGUGUAGCUUACAAAUCCAAUGGUGAUCAAGCUGCCUCAGCAGUGGGACUGACUGAUGCGCCACCUUGGCUCCCCUCCCACCCCUUCCUGCAGUCGCAUGAUUCUGGGAAAUCUACGCAUGGGCACUAAUGCUUGUAUUUUCAUUUUCCUGGCUUGGUGCUGUGGUUUAAAUCGGUGUUUCUCCACCUCAGCCGUUUUACGCUGUGUGGACUUCAACUCCCAGA